CCUUUACUGCCUACCUGUAUAUCCUUCUAAUUAACCAACUUCUAAUAACCUCUAUCUCCUCCUAAUUGCUCCAUACAAUGUCAACCACUGAGGGCUCUUCUCUCCCCAGAAAUCUUCAGCCCGACGACCUGAUGCUAACAGAUGAAUGCAGAGAACUCAUGGGGUCCCUCCAAUCCGAGAAGGGAUGGGUCUUGAGCUCGAGCACCCUCUACUACCUCUACCAGGGAUUCUGGUACGGCGCCCUCCACAUGAACGGCACCCUCUUGACUCAACGCCACUUUAGGUCCCUGGACUCGGACAUUCUCCUUGUGACCACUCCCAAGUCCGGUACCACAUGGCUUAAGGCCAUCAUCUUUGCCCUGCUAAAUCGAUCCUGCUAUUCUGAACCGGCCAACAGAAAACUAGACCACCCCUUGCUCCACAAAAAUCCUCACAAACUCGUACCCUUUUUGGAAGUCGACAUCUACACGUCCAAGGACCCUUAUCCGGACCUCUCCAAUUUCAACUCCCCAAGGCUGUUUGCCACCCACAUACCGCUCAGGUCACUUCCAGAGUCCGUGAAGGACUCCAAGUGUAAGCUUGUGUAUCUAUGUAGGAACCCAAGGGACACGUUUGUCUCUCUAUGGCACUUCUUAAAUAAGUUGACGCACAAUGAAACUGAAAUGGGCAUACAGGCACUUGAGGGGGCCUUUGACAUGUUUUGCAAAGGUGUGAGCCUUUAUGGACCAUACUGGGACCAUGUCCUGGAUUACUAUAAGGCUAGCUUGGAGAUGCCCCAUAAGGUCUUGUUUCUAAAGUACGAGGAAAUGAAGGACAAACAGAGUGAGCAUUUGAAGAGAUUGGCUGAUUUCUUGGGCUGUCCUUUAUCCGAGGACGAGGAGGCCAAUGUCGGGGUGGAUGAGAUCCUAAGGCUCUGCAGCUUCGAUAAUCUGAGCAAGCUGGAGGUGAAUCAGACUGGGAAGCUUGAGCUAGGGUUGGAGAACAAGUUUUUCUUCAGAAAGGGCGAAGUGGGAGACUGGGUGAACUAUUUAACUCCAGAGAAGAUCGAGCGGCUUGACCGCAUCACUGAAGAGAAGAUAGGCAGCUCAGGCUUAAAGCUCUAGAAAUGAGUCGAUAGCCGGUUAUUCCCAAAACAAAUGAAUUUUCCCAAAACUUGUAAUAUGUUAUGUACUAGUUUCUUUGGUUAUAAGAUUUCUCUUGCCCCAGGAAUGGAUCAACUUUUUAUU